GACCCACAAUUAUCUAGCCCAAGUUUAGUUUAAAGCCCAACAUCAGCCAAUUUAGCAGCCUUGGAAGCUAGGGUUUUAUAUAAGAUUUCCUUUAACUUAAAACCCCUUUCCCUGCGACGGCAAACGCAAUACUGUGUCGAAAUGGUGACCUACAAGUUCCAUCAGUACCAGGUUGUUGGGAGAGCUUUGCCUACUGAAACAGAUGAACAUCCCAAGAUUUAUCGUAUGAAGUUGUGGGCUACCAAUGAAGUUCGUGCUAAGUCCAAAUUCUGGUAUUUCUUGAGGAAGCUUAAGAAGGUGAAGAAGAGCAAUGGUCAGAUGCUAGCUAUUAAUGAGAUCUUUGAGAAGAACCCAACAACAAUCAAGAAUUACGGUAUUUGGCUACGUUACCAAAGUAGAACUGGAUAUCACAACAUGUACAAGGAGUACCGUGAUACCACAUUGAAUGGUGGUGUGGAGCAGAUGUACACUGAGAUGGCUUCUCGCCACAGAGUUCGCCAUCACUGCAUCCAGAUCAUAAAGACGGCCACCAUUCCAGCUAAGCUCUGCAAGAGGGAGAGCACAAAGCAGUUCCAUAACUCCAAGAUCAAGUUCCCCUUGGUGUUACAGAAGGUCAGGCCACCGUCUAGGAAACUCAAGACCACGUACAAGGCUACUAGGCCCAACUUGUUCAUGUAACAUGUUUGGUCAUAUUUACAGUGAGAAGCAACUUCAGAUUUCUGCAAUUUUGGUGCUUUAGUUGAGUUGAUUUAAGAUUCUGUGUAAGAGAGAAGUGAAACCUUUUUGUUCUGAUGGUGGUUAUUAGAAUAUUUUUAAGCAUGGAUUUCUGUUUGCUUUUGUCAUUGAAGUUCUUGCUAAUAUAUUCUGUUAGCAUUGGUGGUA